AAACGGCUCAUUGUACAAAAUUUUGCGACGAUUACCAGUGAGCAAGUUGCACGGUUAUUAUUCGUCGUUUCGAGGUCUCUGUGGUUGAAAAUACAUUUUCAGACUGUAAAAUUUACAUUAACCAACCAUGGGUUGUGAUGGGGGUACGAUUCCACGACGGGAUGAAUUGGUUAGGAUGAAAAAGAAACCAGAGCAGAAAGAUAAAGACAUGGCAACUGCUGCAAAAUGGCAACAUUGUGCACUUACUCAAGAAAAACUACGAGCUCCAAUUGUGGCAUGUGAACUUGGAAGGCUAUAUAACAAGGAAGCUGUGAUUGAAUUUUUGUUGGACAAAAGUAAAUUUGAGGGAGCAAGUAGUUCCCAACAUAUUAAAGGAUUAAAGGAUGUCAGAGAGUUGAAAUUGACAGAGAACCCUGCCUUCACCAAGGAAGUGGCUGAGAAGGGGAAUGCGUACAUAGACAUGCAACUGUCUAAAUACAUUUGCCCAGUGGUGGGGUUGGAAAUGAAUGGAAGAUACAAUUUUUGCUUUCCCUGGAGCUGUGGCUGUGUGGUUUCUGAGAGAGCCAUGAAGGAAGUAAAGUCAGAAAAUUGCCACAAAUGUGGGAAACCUUUUAAAAGUGAUGAUGUUGUGGUAUUGAAUGGAAAUGAGGAAGAAGUUGAACAAAUGAAGAAGAAUAUGGAACACAGAAGACUUCAAGCAAAGCUGGAGAAAAAAGCCAAAAAAUCAGGAAAACAUAAGGCAUCUGCAGCAGUUGGGAGCAGUGAAGAUUUGGUUGUAGAUAACAAAAGAAGUAAAUUGGAUUUGCCCAGCACAAGUAAACCUGGCGUAGUAUCUACUUCAGAUACAUUUAUGUCAUCUAGCAAGUUGACCAAUGGCAGACUGGAUGACAAAGCAGGCAAGGAACUUAAAAAGACAUCCAAUGGGAAGUUGGGUGAGAAAGAGGUUAAAUCUAAGAGUAUCCAGUCAGACCCAACUACAAGCAAAGUGUUUAAAUCCCUUUUUACAUCCAGUGAGGCAGCUAAGAAGCAACCCUCAGCUCAUUGGGUUACGUAUAACCCCUGUUAUAAUUGACAAAAUUCAAUAUAUGAAAAGCAGAGGAAUUACAAAUCAACUUCAAAUUUGAUUAUGAUAAACAUUUUGAUUUUAAAAUGAAAAAUACAUCAUGGGUCCCUGGGACCAGGAGCCAUUGGAGGGUAUAUUUGAUACUUUACAGAACUGACAGUUGAAAUUAACUAAAAGUAGACUGAAGUACCUGUCAUCAGUGCAUUCAUUGUAUAUUUUUACCCUUUUUUAUUUACUUCAUUGUAUUUUAUUACAUGGAAAACUUAUUAAAGGUGAAUAAAAACUUAAAUUUGAGAAGAAUGGGAA